GACGAGAUUGCCGUCAGCCAACGCAACGGGACAAUCGCAAGCGUUGCUCCAUCCGUCGCUAGGGACCAGCUCGAUCAUGUUAGGCUAUCGGAGGAUCCUGGCCAUGUGAUAGCUACCUUUGGCACACAGCAAGUGAUUCAGUUGCAAAACCAACAGUUGACGAUGCUACAUACCGGAGAAAGUCAGAGCAACCUGACCGGUGGGCACUUGGGCUACCAGCAGCGGUCAGAGUCUCCGGACAGAUUUAUGACUGGAGGAACACACAUUCUUCGUCACCAGGAGAUGUCCCCAGCGCAACGAUCUCUUCUGAUGACCAUCAAUGAAAAUGUGCAGACUCUGGAGCAGGCUAAACGUCGCCUUGAUAUAGGACCGCCAACAGAGCGCUUGCUACCAAACUUAGGCACUGAUGAGGUUGGUCGAAAAUAUAUUCGGCUUUCUGUAACAUUAUCACUCGGUUCCCAAAACAAAAAAGAUACUGAACACUAUCACCCUCCAUAA